CAGAUCUUGAGGCAUGUCCCCCCCUAUCGUCAUUCGGAAUCGCUCGCCACCGCGAAACCCUCGCCAUGGCUCUCCUCUCUGCCCUUUCCUCCGCGCUUCCCUUCCUCCACCCCACCCGAACCCCAGCCUCAAACCUUCCUCCUUGCCGCUUCCACCUUCGACCCCGGCGCUCUCUCCACCGCCCCUCCUCCUCGCCAGUCCCGCCGCUCCUUCCCUCCCCCGUUGCCUUCUCCGCCUCUGCGCUCCCACUGGGGGAGCUCGUCGAGAGGGACUGGUCCUUCCUCGACGCCAAUGCUACCAAUAACGAGGAGCAGCGGGCCGAUAAGGCCCGCCGGAUCAUCUCGACCGCUGACAUCAGGGGGACCGGCUCCAGGGUUCUCGCCGCACUUCCGACCCUAAGUUUCGUCGACCGGGUGGUGGAGUCGGCCCCCUGCGAGCUCCUGGUGGCGAUCCAUGAGUCGCUUUUCGUGCUCGCCAUGAUCAAGGAGAGCCACGACCUGGUGCGGUGCUGGCAGGGCGGAGUCGACGCCGUGCCCGAGAGGUUCUCGCCCUUCGAUGCCGUGUUCAUCUGCUAUUUCCCUGGGAUGGGCGUUUCGAUUGAUCAGCUGUUGAUCUCGCUUGCUGGGAAGUCCUCUCCAGGUGCAAGGGUGGUUCUCAGCUUUGAUCAAGGGAGGGAGGUCAUAGAGCAAAACCAUAGGCAGCAAUAUCCUGAUAUGGUGACUAAUAACUUGCCUGAUAGAACAGAGCUAGAAAGGGCGGCGAUGGAACAUUCGUUUCAUAUAACAGAAUUUGUUGAUGAGCCCACCUUUUACCUUGCUGUCUUGAGAUUCCAUGACUAAGAAAACUCAGGUCAUUCUUUUUGAUGCCUUGGCAUGUCUCCCAUACUUUUAAGAAAUGGUCAUUGUUUUGUUCAUUAGUGGAAUCUGUCGUCUGGUUUUGAGUACAGCUUUAUUUGUAAAAUGCAUUGUGUACUUUUUUUUUU